GGUUGUGGAGGACGACGACAGCAACGAGGGAGGAGAUAAAAACAUAUUUUGCCAGCAUGGCGUUUACUCUGUACACCCUCAUUCAGACCGCUAUUCUGUGCACCAAUGCUAUCGCCGUGUUACACGAAGAGAGAUUUCUCAGCAAAAUCGGUUGGGGUGUUGAUCAGGGAGUUGGAGGCUUUGGGGAUGACCCAGGAGUCAAAGCUCAGAUACUGAAUCUCAUUCGUUCAGUUCGGACCGUCAUGAGAGUGCCACUGAUAAUUGUGAACUCAGCGUGCAUCUUCCUGUUGUUGCUGUUUGGCUGACAAUGUCAAUGUAACGCGUUUGCACAGGUUACAAGGAAUGGUUGCAAAAAUGCACCCUCACACAUUGAAUAAUUUGCACUCUCUUCAAGGAUUUCUGUUGUCUGCCAACAACAGAGUGGAAAAACCAUGGGCUGCAAAAAAUCUCUGCCAAGAAAAGAGGAUUCAAACCAUCACCUGGUCAAAAAUAAUUGGAGAAUGCUUCCUCACCUGCUGUAUGUUUUGUGAAAGCUUCAACUGGUGCUUAAAUAACAUCCCACAACAAGGGAAUAAAAAUUACUAUUUCUAUCUAUUCAAAGUAAUGUUCUUUAUUUUUGAUUAACAGUUCAAGUCUUUCAUUCAGCUAUUUCACUGUUGUGUCAAGAGUUUUAAUCAUCUACGUUUU